AUGCGCUUCCGCAUUAAAUGGCUCGCGGAAGUGCCGAUAUUCAACCGAAAGCAGCGCACACAAUGCUUGGCGAUGAAGUGCAAAUUAACCCCAAGCACUCUGCAGCACUUUUAUUGUAAUCUUUCUCCAGUGUUGAGAACAGGCUCAAAUAAGCACCUCAAGCCAGACAGACUACCUUCCGCACUCGCCAUGCCUCCCAAAUUCGAUCCCAAUGAGGUGAAGAUCAUCCAUCUCCGAGCUACCGGAGGUGAAGUCGGAUCCUCAGCCACGCUUGCUCCCAAGAUCGGUCCCCUUGGUCUGUCGCCCAAGAAGGUCGGUGAAGAUAUUGCCAAAGCAACUGGUGACUGGAAAGGUCUCCGUGUGACAAUCAAGCUCACUAUCCAAAACCGACAAGCUGCCGUGUCAGUUGUGCCUUCCGCCUCAUCGCUGGUCAUCCGAGCUCUCAAGGAGCCUCCCCGAGACCGCAAGAAGGAGAAGAACAUCAAGCACUCCAAGUCCAUCCCUCUGGAUGAGAUCAUCGACAUUGCUCGCACCAUGCGUGGCGCCAACAAGUCGCUCUCCCGUGAGCUGAAGGGCACCGUGCUCGAGAUUCUCGGCACUGCCUUCAGUGUCGGCUGCCAGGUUGACGGCCGGUCGCCAAAGGACAUCUCUGAUGAGGUCAAGGAUGGAAGCAUCGACAUUCCCGAAGAGUAAAUCUGCCUCCCACCUUCGUCAACUUGUGCGAUCAAGCAAGGAGCACUUGUAGGGCCGGAGAAGUUAAAACAGGUCAAAAAAUGGACUUGGUGGUGAUGAUACCCAUGAUGGUUUACAUGACACGACAACCGGUAAAUCAGACAUUUCAUAAGAGCAUAAUCCUCAAUGAUGACGACCAUGCCUUUUGACAAGACCCAAUA